AUGGCGUCGAGGAACCAAUUCGAUCUCCUUGGAGACGUCGACAACGACGACCCCGCCCACCUCCUCGCAGCCGCCGAGAAGAAGGCGGCCGCGGCGCCUAAGCCCGCGCCAGCGCCCGCGCCGGCCAAGCGGCCCACCAGCCCCCCGCCGCCCGCGCAAGCUGUGAGGGAAGAAAGGAGCUAUGGUGCUCCACCGCGCGAUGGUCCUGGGCGUGGUGGUCCAGGACGCGGAAGAGGCGGCCGUGGCGGCAGGACCGGCCCGAGGCGAGAUUUUGGCGAUGCUGAUGCCAACGGCUUUGAGGGAGGGUAUGGUGGUGGUGGUGGCUUUGGAGACGGUGGAGUUGCUCGCGGUGAAAAUGGUGAGGGGAGGCAGGCAGAGAGGGGCCAUGGGCCGCGCCAGCCUUACCGUGGAGGUGGGCGCCGUGGUGGGUAUACCGAUGGGCAGGCUGGGGAUGAGUUCGGACGCCCUCGCCGGGCAUAUGAGCGCCACAGCGGUACGGGCCGUGGCUACGAGAUGAAGCGUGAAGGGGCUGGGCGAGGAAAUUGGGGAACUCCGACUGAUGAAGGCCUUGCACAGGACACUGUGGAUGCCGUUAAUCCCGAGGAAACUGCUGCCGUGGUGGAGGAUGAGAAGAAACCUGAAGAUGCACCACAGUCUGAGGUUGAGAAGGACAAGGAGGGUGCGGAGAAUGAAGAGGAAGAAAAGGAAGCUGAGGAUAAGGAGAUGACUUUGGAGGAAUAUGAAAAAGUACUGGAGGAAAAACGAAAAGCUUUACAUGCCCUUAAGGCUGAGGAGAGAAAAGUUGAGAUUGACAAGGAGCUGCAGUCCAUGCAACAGUUGUCAGUUAAAAAGGAUGCUGAUGAAGUGUUUAUCAAGCUGGGCUCUGACAAGGACUUGAAAAAGAAAGAAAAUGCUGAAAGAGAAGAACGGGCCAAGAAGUCCCUGAGCAUCAACGAAUUCUUGAAGCCAGCUGAAGGUGAGAGGUACUAUAACCCCAGUAACCGUGGCCGUGGCCGUGGUAGGGGUCGUGGUGAGCGUGGGGGUUUCCGUGGUGGUUACAACGGUGGUUAUCGGGGACUAGCUGCUGCUCCAACCAUCGAAGACCAGGCUCAGUUCCCUGCCCUGUCCUAA